AGUUGUUCUCCCCUCCUGCCAGUGGGCCAUGGAGUUGGUGGCACAGUAACGUCUGAGGUGUGAGGAUUGCGGGGCCGGCGGCCAUGGAGGCCGUGCUAAACGAGCUGGUGUCUGUGGACGACCUGCUGAAGUUUGAAAAGAAAUUUCAGUCUGAGAAGGCAGCAGGCUCGGUGUCCAAGAGCACGCAAUUUGAGUAUGCCUGGUGCUUGGUGCGAAGCAAGUACAACGAUGACAUCCGUAAAGGCAUUGCACUGCUGGAGGAGCUAUUGCUCAAAGGGAGCAAAGAGGAGCAGCGGGAUUAUGUCUUCUACCUGGCUGUGGGGAACUACCGGCUCAAGGAAUAUGAAAAGGCUUUAAAGUAUGUGCGAGGGCUGCUGCAGACAGAACCCCAGAACAACCAGGCCAAAGAACUGGAACGGCUCAUUGACAAGGCCAUGAAGAAAGAUGGACUGGUGGGCAUGGCCAUUGUUGGAGGCAUGGCCUUGGGUGUGGCGGGACUGGCUGGACUCAUCGGACUUGCUGUAUCCAAGUCCAAAUCCUGAAUGAGACUGCACCUCUGCCUCUGCCCAGGGAUACAUGGGCGCCCGUGGAGAACACUCAGAGAGGGCCCAUCCAUUCUCGCUGCGUCCCUUUCUUCUGCACCCUGUUACUGUCCUCUGUGGCCUCAACCUCCUCUCCCCAAGAUCUGUCCUCUAGCCCCAGAUCGUGUGCUUUAGGAUGAGUGUAAAUAAAAUUGGGCUUUGACUUGCGAA